AUGUUGGAGGAGUCGCGGAGGCUGACGGAGUGUCGACAGGCGGCUAUUGAUUUCGUACAACCGUUGAAGUCGAAGGUCGACGUGGAGACUUUCAGGCUGGAAGGGGAGCGAAUAGAGUCUUUAUAUCGCCAUACGUUGGCUGUCCUGAAGCAAGCUGAGGUGGAUGAAGAAACAGCUCCAUCCAAUGCCUCGCCGAGUGGUGCAGCACAGAAUGAUGAAAUCCUCGAAGAGACAGCGUCGUUGGGUAUGACGACGAGUGAAGAAGAAUCGAUGAAUGAUGCCCAACCGGAUGUGAAGGUCUGA